AUGGUAGCAAUUCCAGGAUUCCUCUCGUCAAUUCUGGGAUUUCUCUCGUCAGUUUUUGGCAUAUUCCAACGUCGGCAACAACAGUCGGCCAGCGAACAACAUUUAGAUGAUGUCGGAGCGAUUAUGGACGACAAUUACUACAAAAGAGAUAUCGUAAUCGCGGGGAAAAAGUUGAGCUUAUCACCUUAUCCUCGUGAGCAGAUCAACGCUGUACGAGAUAUCGGCCAUAUCGCAUGGCUGGGCGGUCCUGCUGUUGCUAAAUUUGCCUCGAGUCAUUUAAUGGAGUUCUGUCGAAUCCUCCUAGACGACGAUGAACCAGUUGAACUUAAAAAGCAAACUUUGUACUCGAUUAUUGAAGUGUGUGUCGGAACCAAGGAGAAUCAAGAGAAAGCACGCUGGAAUGGGUUAUUAGAGACAUUGUACACCCUUCUGGAUUGUCGCGUGUUCGCUUUACGUCGCGGCGCAACUGCUUGCUUGGCUGUACUCGUGGACGGGAAUUAUACAAAUCAUGUCGCUGUUCUUGAUAUGAAGAAUAUGAAGGAGAAAUUGCUUAAGAUCUUACAGGAUGAUUGGCGCGCAUGGAAACGCAACGAGGCCGCGCGUUUGAUAGUAAUGUUAGGACUGAACAGGGUCGAUGAGAAUGGUACCACCAGUAGCGGGAAAGUUUAA